GAGGAGUUCAUUGUCAACAUUCGGCCGGCUACCCAAGCAGCUGAGAUCGGAUAUCCUGUUCUCUUGAAUUUUUGCCCUCAAUCCUUGAUAGACCUCAGCGCCCAUCAUGUCAUCAACUACCAAAGCAUCCAGGAUUGGCGAAGAAGUAUGGAAAACAAGAGUCGACAAAGUCAAUGCGGAGCUGGUCACGUUGACAUAUGGAACGAUUGUCGCACAGCUGUGUCAGGACUAUGACGGAAACUAUCAGGAGGUCAACAAGCAGUUGGAAAAGAUGGGCUACAACAUCGGAAUGCGCCUCAUUGAGGAUUUUCUUGCGAAAUCGAAUGUAGGCCGGUGUGCCAAUUUCCGGGAGACGGCAGACAUGAUUUCUAAGGUCGGAUUUCGGAUAUUCCUCAAUAUCGCCCCCACUGUAACGAAUUGGACAAGUGACAACAAUCAAUUCUCGUUGGUAUUUGAUGAAAACCCGCUUGCAGACUUUGUUGAACUACCAGACGACGGGCGAGCGCAAGAUGAGCUCUGGUUCUCAAAUAUACUGUGCGGUGUUCUACGGGGGGCUUUAGAGAUGGUACAAAUGCAGAUCGAGGCGCAUUUUGUAAGCGAUGUACUGCGAGGAGAUGACACCACGGAGAUGCGCGUUUCACUUGUGAGGUACAUUGAAGAUGAGAUGCCACCUGAGGAGGAAUAAACGCGGCGGGGAGUGUGUUGCAUAAAUUAAGUAUUAUUGGUUGAGGCGUCCGGUGUUUGCAGGUUUUACAUCAUCUUAAUCUGCAGCUGCAACGGUUGAUUGAGAUCACCUGUUUUUUAUGAUUGAUGGAGCUACAAGUAAAGUAAACGUUCUAUAUGCGAUGCAUGUACAUUCAUAUACUUAUAGAGUGGGGCCAUGAGGGCUGCA